AAUAAAAGGAAAUAACAUUGGUUUUCUAACAAGGUCACGUUAAGGCUCGAAUUGUUCUAGAGGGAGGUCCUGUGAUGAGCUUGCUUUCUGGUUAAGGAGCAGAGUUUGCAGCUCAGUAAUUUUUCAUUCUUACGUGUUUCUCUUGGGGAAAUCCAGGUAUCCCACCUCUUGAAAUUUUGCAGACAAUGCAUCUGCCCACACAUACACCUGCUCUUCAUUCUCGACUAAAGACUGAGCCAUUUUCAAUCUCCAUGUCUUUCUGGCUUUAUUAAAGCCCUGUGAACCUACGGGGUAAGCAAGGGAAGGAAACGAUGCUGUGAGGAACUUUUCCUAUGGAGUAGUGUCCAUAGCUGGUACCUGGGGGAGAAUGAGUACUCCCAAUGGAUUUCCACAGCACUCAGGGGCAUGUGUUACUCAGAGCAUGGAGGGUGGAGCAGUACAGGACCUACACGCUAAAAAAGCUGGCAAAGCAGCAAAGGCAGCAGCUGGUAGCAAUGGGGUGCUUACCUUUGAAGAUCCUCCAAGCGUAGGCACCUCUUUAAAUGAAACCUUAAAGUUUCUACCAGAUGAACUCAAAGCUAAUAUGAAAAUUAAAUCGGUCACUCCAAGGCCUCCUCGGAAACCCCGGCUGGAGCGUGCUGCCUCUCUGGAUGAGAAAAGCUGGAGGAGGUGGCGGCGGUUUAGAACGAGUCAGGAAAGUCUGACUGAUCCCAACGAGACAAGUUCCUCAAACGGUUCUCUGCAGGAGGCAUCCCUCAGCCCUCCUGUCAGGAGUAGGGCGAGCCCCUGCCGUCAGUGCUGCCAGGAGAUUUCCUUGCACGGUUCACCAGACGCCCUGGAAGCCAGUCCCGUGGGGAAGAGCAGAGGAAGCACCUCUGACCUGGGGAAACGAGCCUCCGAGAUCUCCAGUGCCUUUGGUGGGCUUCUGCGGGGGAAAGCAUUUGCUGGCGGCAAACCCCGGCUGUCCCAAAUAAUGCCGGCUCGACCUCUGCCACCUGUGGAGCUCAAUGUGGCCUCUCACACACUGAGGACAUCUAAUAGGAUCGACUCAGAUUGUCUGGAUUAUCGCCAUUAUUCUCAGCACAAGUUUGGGAGGGUAAGCAGCAGCUUGAGCGAUACCAGGCUGCAUGGCAACGGGAUGGUCUAUGAUAAUUGCUCCACAGACUCCAUGAAAUCUACGUUCAGCCUGCUCACUCCCAUUCGCUCCAAGGAUGUUCGAAGCAGAAGCUAUUUGGAAGGCAGCCUUCUGGCAAGUGGUGCCUUACUGGGAGCAGAAGAACUUAGCAGGUAUUUCCCGGAUCGGAAUAUUGGAAUUUUUGUGGCCACCUGGAACAUGCAGGGUCAGAAGGAACUUCCAGUGAAUCUGGAUGACUUCUUAUUGCCAACAGAUGCUGACUAUGCCCAGGACAUGUAUGUCAUUGGAGUUCAAGAAGGCUGUCCAGACAGAAGGGAGUGGGAGAUCCGCCUGCAAGAGACACUAGGCCCCCACUACGUCAUGCUCUACUCUGCUGCUCAUGGGGUGCUGUACAUGUCAGUCUUCAUCCGGAGGGACCUGAUCUGGUUCUGCUCAGAAGUGGAGUAUGCCACGGUGACAACUCGAAUCGUGUCUCAGAUCAAAACCAAGGGAGCUCUGGGAAUCUGCUUCACGUUUUUUGGGACCUCGUUUCUCUUCAUCACUUCCCACUUCACAUCUGGGGACAGUAAGGUGAAUGAGAGGAAACUGGACUACAAUAAAACCAUUCAAGCCCUUACACUUCCCAAGAAUGUUCCAGACACAAACCCGUACCGAUCCAGUUCUAGUGAUGUCACGACUCGGUUUGAUGAAGUAUUCUGGUUUGGUGACUUCAACUUCCGACUGAAUAAGGAUCGUGAGACGGUGGAUUCCAUCUUGAACCAGAACCCAGAAAGAGACGUCUCCAAGCUACUGGCAUAUGACCAGCUUACUAGUGAAAUGAGUAGGGGGUCUAUUUUCAAAGGAUUCCAAGAGGCUGACAUUCAUUUCCGUCCUUCCUACAAGUUUGACAUAGGAAAGGACAGCUAUGACACCACUUCCAAACAAAGGACUCCUUCCUACACGGAUCGAGUUGUAUACCGCAGUCGGUACAGAGAUGACAUCCAUGCUGUCAAGUAUUCAUCUUGUCCUGUGAUCAAAACUUCAGACCACCGGCCUGUAUUUGCCUUGUUUCGUGUGAAAGUGAGGCCUGGCAGAGACAACAUUCCCCUUGCUGCAGGGCAGUUUGACAGAGAACUCUAUUUAAUCGGGAUAAAGAGGCGGAUUACAAGGGAACUUCAGAAACGGCAAGAGCAAAAGGACCAAAAAUCCAGCAGCGUAUGUAGCGUUUCCUGAGCUGAGAACUCUGCAGUGCUUGUGUUAGAGGUGCCCAGAAGGAGGAUUUCAGGCCACGGCAAACUCUGCAGGGAAUUGUCUGCUUAAGCACCUCUGGCAGUUGCUGUGGCUUGUGAACAAUGUCUUAAACCUCAUCCUGGAUUCAUUUGCAUGAGCUAAUCCAUGUAGCUCAAGUGCUUUUGCUGAAGAAAAAGGAGUCAGUUAUUUAGGACAUCCAUCCCAACAGAUAUAAUUGAUUUAUGUUUAACCAUACUAUCUCUGGAAGCAACCGGGUGCAGUCUCUUGGUUCUAAGAUGACUCCACACAGGGGCACAGCUUCUGGAACUGGCAUGACGGGGGCAAGGGACCUAAGAAAAGCCUGCAGAAAGGUGAAUAUUUUUGUUUGUCUGUUUGAUUUGAUCUGGUUACCUUACCUAUGUUGUGGAGUUGUGGGUUUUUUGUCUGUAGCCAAGUGUAUGGUGUUCUGUAAAAUGCUAACAGGGACCAGUUAGGGGACUUGGGCAGUUUUGUGUAAGGAUGGUGCUCCUGUGUUGGGCUUUUUUGGUCCUCCACAGCACAAUCUGUGUGAAUGUACUACUGUACAUUUGAAGUGUAGAAACAUUGCCUUUCAACAAUUAUUCUAUAGGCCUUCUGUUACUAAGGGGGUAAAUACCAAUCUCAUACCCUGUAUUGGGCUGUUGAGGCUGCUUGAAAUAAUCCCUUCCUUAACUCACUUGCCCUGCCCAGGGGUGAUAAACCACUGCCUGCCUUCAGCAGCAGGACACGUGAGUUGAAAAGAAUGGUCCAAGUACAGCUGCUGUGUAAUGCUUCACCAAAGUGAUUACGAGGUCAUCAGUACGCUGAGGAAGUACGCAGAGAAACUGCAGCGGGUCAGACCAGCGCAGUUCCAUUACCUCCGAUUACAGUCUAUUCCUUUUGGUUUUAUUUUUCCAAUUCAGUGAACUGUGAAUAACUUGCUCUUUUUGAAGUAGUGUUGUCUUAAGGCUAAACAUACUACAUGGACCAGUAUGGUACUGGUAAAAUGUUAAGUACAGCUAAUACUUAAAAACUCUUCACGGGCACAGACCAGCUGGAUCAUUAAUCACCUUAAUAUAUAAAACACCGUGCAAACAACUCGGAGGAAGUGCUGCUAACUAUGCAACCUGUCCAAGACAGAGCUUCUGUUCUGCGGUACAAACAUUUCUGGCACUGACCUGUCUGUAGCCAUCAGGUAUUUGAUUUCCUUUCUUUUUAAAGGAAUACAAAUAAAUUAAUGCAAUACCUGAAAUGAGAACCAGCUCUUAUUGCAGGGUUCUUUGACUGUGUGAUGCAUGCUCCCCGCUCGGGUGACCUGAGCCAUUUGUCUUCAGCUGGAAAAGUGGGAGAGUUUUCUUUGGGAUCAUUUGCAUUGAACAAAGCACGUUUCACCGGUCAGUUCAAGAAACCCACCAAUUAGCUAAUGAACUACUUGCUCCAGUCUUUAUUUUCUUACAAACAUACACAACAACUGAACAGGAUUUCCAUACUGUGGGUUCCACAAGAAGCAACGCGAUGCGUUUUCUUGUAGUUACAUGAGGAAGGGUAUGGGGAUAAAGCCAGUAAUAGCUGCCUCAGUGUUCUCCCAGUCUGAUUGCUCCUUACAGUGCACACUGAGCCAGUGAAGUGCUGCAAUGCAGCUGUUUUUAAACCCAUGUUAGGGGAUUAUGUAAAUCAGACAUUUUAUCUCCUCUCUUUUGGGUCUCCCAUUUCUUCAGUACAUCAGAUGCGUGGCUUUGUGUCAGUUGCUUUCAAGAUCAUGAGCUCUCUGAACAUCAUUUUGGUGACCCUGAUUCCUAGCUGAGCUCAUCUCUGCUCUGAGAUUGACAAUUAUGUCUUCUUUUUGCAAGGCCUUAGGUUCAUUUGCCCGACAAUUUGAAGAAAGUAGGGUGCAGCAGUUAACUCCUUUAAUAACUUCCUGUUUGAAUACCAACUCUGGAGUAAAAAACCUUUUAUUCUUUAGCACAGUUCACUUGCAAGUGAAAAACCUAAAGAAUAAGAUUGAUUUAAUUCUAUAAUAAGUGUCCAUGUCGCAUUGUGCAUAGCAUCUCUGUAUAUGGAUGCCCCAGAAACUGUUAAGUUAUGCCAUAGGUCUACUUUCCCCUGAGCUCUAG